UUCUUUAUUUUUUUGGGGAGUGCCUGUUCUCGCGAGAGCUGGAAAGGGCGCAGCGUUUGAAACAUGGCGGACGACGUAGAUCAGCAACAGACUACCAACACUGUAGAGGAGCCCCUGGAUCUCAUCAGGCUCAGUUUGGACGAGCGAAUUUAUGUGAAGAUGAGAAACGACCGAGAGCUUCGAGGCAGAUUACAUGCUUAUGAUCAACAUUUAAAUAUGAUCCUGGGAGAUGUAGAAGAAACUGUGACGACGAUAGAGAUUGAUGAAGAGACAUAUGAAGAGAUAUAUAAAUCAACAAAACGCAACAUCCCCAUGCUCUUCGUCCGGGGAGACGGUGUUGUUCUAGUUGCCCCUCCGCUGAGAGUUGGCUGA